AUACUGGUCCAUACUGGUCCAUACUGGUCCGUACUGGUCCCAGCCCACAGCGGCCCCGUUUACUCGCUGGCCUCGACCGAGCGGCUCCUCCUGAGCGGCAGCGACGGCGAAAUCCGGGCCUGGGCCUGGGCCGAGCUGGGCCGCAAGGGCUGCCGGGAGCUCUGGACGCGGCGCCCGCCCUGCAGGAGCAGCCUGGAGGUGCCGGAGAUCAACGGGCUGGAGGUGAACCAGAGGGUUGUAACUGGUCCGUACUGGUUCCAGGAGUGCAGCCGUCCCCAGCUGGGCAAGUGGAUUCGCUGUUUGGCCACCGAGAGCGACUGGAUGGUGUGCGGCGGCGGCCCCGCCCUGACGCUCUGGCACCUGCGCUCGGGGACGCCCACCACGGUGUUCGGGCUGGCGGCGCCGCAGCACCACGCGCUGUUCCACCAGGACCUGGUGCUGUCGGGGGGGGUCGGCCCCGCCCUUCACCUGCUGCAGCUCAGCGGGGACGUGCGGGGGAGGGUCCCGGUGUCGCCGCCGGCGCUGCGCAGCCUGUGCCUGCACCCGCGCUCACCUGAGCACCAGGUGCUGACGGUGGCCGGGAACAGCCCCAAAAUCGACGUCUUCACCAACCUGGGCUACCGGGCGUUCUCGCUCACCUUCACCUGACACACCUGACACACCUGAGACCACCUGGGGUUACCUGGGGUUACCUGGACCUCACCUGAGCCCACCUGAGACUCACCUGAGACUCACCUGAGCUCACCUGAGCCCACCUGAGCUCACCUGAGCUCACCUGGACCCACCUGAGCUCACCUGA